AUGUAUAAAACAAACAAGAGUUCUGUGGCACAGUUCCUCCUGCUGGGGUUGCAUGAAGUAGAAGGCUUCCAGAUUCCACUCUCCUUGGUUCUUAUGAUAACAUAUGUGGCAACCAUAACUGGAAAUGGUUUGAUCAUUGUAUUGAUAUCAAGGAGGCACCAGUUAUAUUCCCCCAUGUACUACUUCCUGGGUCAUCUCUCCGCUUGUGAUAUUCUUAUAAGCACAAAUGUCACUCCUAACACAUUACAGGUUGUCCUAGCAGGUCGGUGUCUCAUAUGUGCCAUGUGCUGUAUCACUCAGUUAUAUUUCUUUGGUGCUUCUGCCAUUAUAGAAAGUUGUCUGCUUACUGUGAUGUCCUAUGACCAGUACUUGGCUAUUUGUGACCCACUGCACUAUGCCUCCAUCAUGAACAACAGGCUUCCUCAGUACAUGAUGGCUAUGUCUUGGUUGGUGGGUUUUAUUAUUGCUCUGAUAACUCAUUGUAUUUUAAUGGAGAUUAACUUCUGUGGUCCAAACAUCAUCGAUCAUUUCUUGUGUGAUCUUCCUCCUCUCUUGGAACUCUCAUGUUCAGAUACAUCGACUAUACAAAAUGCAGUCUCUGCAGUGGCCAUAAUAGGCCUUUUCCAACUAAGUUUUGUCAUAGUAACAUACAUUUGCAUCUUCAUCUCUAUUAUCCGGAUAUCUUCCUCUACUGGUAGGCAGAAGGCAUUCUCAACUUGCAGCUCCCACUUGAGUGUGGUCUGUAUGUAUUAUGGGACUUUAAUAUCCAUAAAUAUAACUCCAUCAAGAGGUUACUCACUGAAUCUGAAGAAAUUUUUAUCUCUUCUAAACACUGUAUUGACUCCGCUGUUCAAUCCCUUGAUCUAUUCUCUAAGGAACAAUGACAUCAAGAAAGCCAUUGGCAGUAUGAGAUCAUCGAGAAUCAUUCUUAGAAUCCAUUGA